UCCAAAUCGGAUCCCACCAGGAGGCUUGCGAUGCCCCAAAUCGAAGCCGCGUCUGCACCCGGCAUCUGCACCUGCUCCGGCGAUCGCCGGCGGCCGUCCCUCUCCCGAUUCGGCGAUCCACCGCAGCUGGCCCUCUCCCACUCCGACCCUCUCCCGCGCCUGCUCACGGGCUCCGGCCGCCCCUCUCCACAGCUGGCUGAACCUGGCCAGCACUGCAUGGGGUGCUGAGCCCAUCCGGUGGCGCAUGGGGUGGCGCCAGGGGUGCGCCCAUCUCCUUUUGCAUCUCCUUCGUCGGGAGCAGGUGCCGCUAGCCUACCAGCUGCGAGCCUCGCGAACGGGUCCACCCCUCGGCGCCGGCCUGUGCGCACCGCUCGGCACCGGCCUAGGCGCCGCCCUAGGCGCACUGCUCAGCGCUGGCCCGGGGGCUGCGGACGGCCGCACCACUCGGCGCUGGUCCGUGCACCACGGACGGGAGCAGGCCUGGGCGCUGGCCUCGUGCGAUGCGGUCGGGGGCGCAACCGUCUGCGCUGCCUCCUGGAGCCGGGGAUGUGCCGCCGGAGCGGGAGAUGGCCGCCCGCCCGGGAUCGCCGGAGCCAGAGCUGGCCGCCGGGGGUGCGGGUGCGGUUCGAUUUUGGGGACGUCGGGAGCAUUUGUGCGAUUCAAUUUGGAUCCGCGGGCCAGGAAAGAAAAUAGAGGGGGGUAGUAUUGUUAUUUCGUGUUGCAGUGACUACCUCAUAUUUACAGUGUAUUCUAGCAAAAACACCAUUUUUUAGUGCCUUGUAUCAAAAUCUAUAUUUUAAUAGUGUCCACCGGCCAAUUUUACCAAAAAACCACCCACAAAUCUCCCACGCCGCCGACGCCGACGAUGGAGGCCUCCGCCGACGGCUCGCGCGGCCGCUGGGCCCUCCGCUUUCUCUGCCCCAAGAGAUCCCUCCUCUCCCCGCCCUCCGCCUCCCCUCUCCGCUGGCUCAUCGGCGCACCUCGCGUCCUCCCUCCCUUCACCGUCGCCGCGACCCUACGACCCCUCCACGGCGAUCACGCCGCCCCCGAUCUCCCCAGGGAAGCAGACGAAAUCCGGGGGUUGCUGCCGCGCGGGUUCGACAUCGUCGGGGCGCUGCUCGUGGGCGGCGAAGGUUCCGAUGCGGACGCCUCUCGCGCUCUGGAGCUGGCCCGCUCGCUGAGGGAGCGGCUGCUCGGCGCGGUGGCGAGCCAUGGCAUGGUCGGUGGCUGCAUGGAUGCCGCCUCCGGGGAGAUUCGGUUUGUUGCAUCUGAGAGCGGCGGGACGGACGCGGUGGAAGGGGUCGAGGUUGUGUGGGAGGAUGAGCCCGGGAGGUUGUUGUGGGAGAAGGGUUGCCUUCUGCGCUCUGAGCUGCCGUUGAAGCUGCCACUCUAUGUUCCAGCGGAUGAGAUUUCUGGCAUUGAAGAACGGUUUUCUUCACUUCUUGAUUCUACAGUUGCUAAACUCAGAGAUCCUCAUGUUUCGUACCUAAUUGAGGGGCCAGUCGCAUCUAAUGAGUCCCGUCAUUCUAUCAUCUUACAUGGUGAUGAUUUAAGUUUUGAUUCACAUGUACCUGGAAACUCAAGAACAAAGGAAUGCACUACAAGUAGUGUAUCUUGUUCAGGAUUCUUCCCAGAAAAGAGGUACAACCUCUCAUUGACAAGAGAGAAUGCAGAUGCAAUUGAAAUAACUGUCCUGUCCAAUCGAUCAGUAGGUAGCUUGAAGCCUGGCACCACCCCUGUGGUAGAGUAUUUUCCAGCCCCAGCACCUGCCAGCCUCAGAGUAAUCAACUUGAAGCUUGAUAUACUAUGCUACUCGCCAAUAGAUUUUCCUGUGCCAGUUGCUGUAUCUGAACUUGUUAUCCCAGGAUUAGCUGAUCAGCUGAGUGUAAUGAAGAAGAUUGUUGCAUCAGAGAUAACUCAACAAGCACAGCUUUGUCCGUACCAUUUCAUUCCUCCGGGAUUGCAUAUUCCAGUAACAACCAUAUACGAUACAAGAUACGGGGAGAUCGAGGAGAAGCAAAGUGAGCUGAGAAAAGAACUGCACAUAAGGCUAGGGCUUCCCUUAGAUCGGCCUUUGUUGCGAAUUUCUAAUGCAUUGACUUUUGGUGGAAUGGAAAAGAAGAUGAAAAGCACGUCAAGAAAUGGUUCUUCACUGCUUCGAGAUGUCCACAGAGAAAUUCCAUCUAGUGGUGUUUCCGGAGGAAUUAUGUCUUUGAUUGAUGGUUCAUAUGAGUAUUAUCAUUACCUUCAUGGUGGAAUUGAUGACAAUGGAUGGGGAUGCGCAUAUCGGUCCCUACAAACAAUUGUCUCUUGGUACAGAUUGCAACAGUAUUCAUCAAUUGAUGUUCCUUCACACAGGGAGAUUCAACAAGUUCUUGUUGAAAUUGGUGACAAGGAUCCAUCAUUUAUUGGAUCUCGUGAGUGGAUUGGAGCCAUUGAGCUAAGCUUUGUCCUCGACAAACUGCUGGGAGUGAGUUGCAAGAUUAUUAAUGUGAGAUCUGGCGAUGAGCUUCCUGAAAAAUGCAGAGAACUUGCUAGGCAUUUUGAAACCCAGGGAACUCCAGUGAUGAUCGGUGGAGGAGUCUUGGCUUACACCCUUCUAGGAGUUGAUUAUAAUGAAGCAAGUGGCGACUGUGCCUUUCUCAUCCUUGAUCCACACUACACUGGUACUGACGAUUUGAAGAAGAUAGUGAGUGGCGGAUGGUGCGGGUGGAAGAAGUCUGUUGAUAGCAAGGGCCGAAGUUUCUUCUUGAAAGACAAGUUCUACAACCUUCUUCUACCCCAGAGGCCCAACAUGGUGUGAAAGAUUAAGAGGCAAUCAAGCUUGGUGAUCAUAGAGACAGGAACGAGUACAGUUUUAUCCUAAACAUGUGGAUUGGUCGGCAUGGACUUGUAAGGAAACCUGUUGUGCGCAGUUCGCUCAGCUGGACUGUGCAAAUAAUUUCAGUGAUAUUUUGCAACCAUUUCUCGCAUGUUGACGUCCUGAGAUUCCAUUGUAAUUGCAUGAGAAGAUAUCGAAUAAGUAACUUCAUCAUUAUUGCAUCC